AUGGGUCUUGAUUAUACUAUGGUCCACGUUUAUUAUAAUAUCCCCCUGGGGGUAGCAUUGACCAUUCUCUCGUGGCCAUUCCUCACGCGGAUGGACUGGAUCAAGACACUUACCCUUAUCACGGUUGCGAUAAUUGGAACCAUUCCUUGGGAUUCGUACCUCGUUCCCAAGCAGAUCUGGACAUAUCCGCCAAGCGCAGUCCUUGGAUUUACCCUGUUCUCCAUUCCCCUUGAGGAAGUAUUCUUUUUUUUCAUUCAGACAUAUAAUACAAGUCUCAUUUACAUGGCGUUGACUAGGCGAUUGGUUUUCCCGGCAUAUCUCUGUCGGUCCUCUCCUAUCCGGACAGCUGCUGGAUCUCUUUUUAUCUCCAUUUUGGUUUUGGCAGGUUUUCUCGCCAUCUUCACUGGAGGACACUACACCUACCUUGGGUUGAUCCUCUCGUGGGCGUGUUCGUUCCUAUUAUUGCAAUGGGCUCUGUCUUCUGGCUUCCUUCUAGCUUUACCGUGGAAGGAGAUGGUAUUCUCUGUUAUUAUUCCCACUUUCUUCCUGUGGAUGGUCGACACCCUUGCCUUGCAACGUGGUCACUGGGUGAUCGAAAAGCCAACUAAACUAGAAAUUCAACUUUGGGGGGGUUUGGAUAUGGAGGAAGCUCUGUUCUUCCUGCUCACUAAUGCCUUGGUCGUCAACGGUAUGGUCGUUGCCGAUCAUGCGAUCGCUCUUAUGCACUGUCGACAAGCGCAGUCUGUUGGGGUGGUCCAUGAAGGCCCACCAUGUACUCACGUCUUGGUCGAUGCCAUAAAUUCCACCACAAAGACAGAUAAAUCCUUUGUUUCCAGUCUUGCUCACUCUGUCAAGCGUCUAUCUUAUUCCAGUCAAAGCAUGUACCUGGGAAGUGCUAUGUUUCAGGGAGCUCUACGAAUCGACCUUAUUUACCUGUAUGCAUUUUGUCGUGUCGCUGAUGACCUGGUUGAUGAAGCUUCGAGUCAGGAUCGUGCAUGCGCUGUGAUAGAGGAUUGCAGUGACCUGCUUACUACCAAAUUUGUGCAUCCGUCCAAAUUUCGGGAGAACAUCAUGAAGACAACAUCGGGCUUGUGUGCGCCUCGUGAGCUUGUUGAUGUUAUCGAUAACCUUCCGGUGUCCCGGCUCACACUCCAGCCCCUGCAGGGUCUACUGGAGGGCUUUCGCAUUGAUUUAGGCUUCGAUACAAAGAGAGGCACUUUUCCCAUUGCUAAUGGAACAGACCUGGACUGUUAUUCCUACCGAGUGGCAAGCACGGUGGCCCGGUGCAUUCUCGAUCUCGUCUUCCACCAUUAUCCAAGCCAUCCUUCUGCUACCGACCCGUCACUCCGUCGUGAUGCGAUCUUUUCUGCUGAGCAGAUGGGGAAGGCGUUGCAGUAUGUCAACAUGGCGCGAGACAUAGGCCGCGAUGCAGCAAUUAAUCGGGUGUACCUGCCGACUACAUGGUUGAAAGAAAUCGGUCUCUCUCCCGCAGACGUUAUUUUCUGCCCUUCAGAUCCUCGCAUAGAGAAACUACGAUACAGACUUAUCAACCAAGCUAGGCGCUUGUAUGACGAGUCCGAAGCAGCCAUUCAAUAUCUGCCGGUGCAGGUUCAGGGCCCUCUGCGAGCAACGGUCGCAACCUAUAUGGAAAUCGGGGCUGUCCUUGAAGAAGGCGUUCGCCCGCGUAGGCCCUGGCAAAAGCUGAAAUUGUCCCUUGGGCGCCGAUUCGUUGUGGCGUAUAUGGCCAUGGGCAAGGUUGCAUUCUCGCAAGUCGCAGCAUUCCCCAGAUAA